AUGGGUGUAACCAGUGCCCUUCUGCGAACUGGCGACUUCCUGCUUGGGGGUCACCGCUUCUCCAUCCACACCCACCCCGUGCAAGCUCUCCGAGCCCUUGGCCCCGGCCACAACACUUUUCUGUGGCCUCUGCUCCCUGUCAGCCAGGGGGAGCUCCUGAGCCCCUGCCGGUGCGACGGCUCCGUGCGCUGCACGCACCAGCCCUGCCUCAUCCGCUGGAUCAGCGAGAGGGGCUCCUGGAGCUGUGAGCUCUGCUACUUCAAGUACCAGGUUCUGGCCAUCAGUACCAAGAACCCGCUGCAGUGGCAGGCCAUCUCCCUGACGGUCAUAGAGAAGGUCCAGAUCGCGGCCAUCGUCCUGGGCUCGCUCUUCCUCGUCGCCAGCAUCUCCUGGCUCAUCUGGUCCUCACUCAGCCCCUCGGCCAAGUGGCAGCGGCAGGAUCUGCUCUUCCAGAUCUGCUACGGCAUGUACGGCUUCAUGGACGUCGUGUGCGUAGGCCUCAUCGUCCAUGAAGGCUCCUCCGUGUACCGCAUUUUCAAGCGCUGGCAGGCGGUGAACCAGCAGUGGAAGGUCUUGAAUUACGACAAGACAAAGGACAUAGGCGGAGAGGCGGGGGGCGGGACGGCAGGGAAGCCGGGCCCCAGGACCUCACGGACGGGCCCCCCGUCCGGGGCCUCCAGCCGCCCCCCGGCUGCCCAGCGAAUGCGGACGCUCUUGCCUCAACGCUGUGGUUACACCAUCCUGCACCUCCUUGGACAGCUGCGGCCACCAGAUGCCCGCUCCAGUUCUCAUUCUGGCCGCGAGGUCGUCAUGAGGGUCACCACGGUCUGAGCUGGGCGCCGGGAGUGGGGAUCUUGCAUCGGUGCCUCCGCCAGAGAUGAGCCGCCGCGGCUGCCGGAGACAGGUGUGGACAAGGUGCGGGGCACUGAGGACCGCUGUGGACAGCUGCACGCUGGAGACAUUGUCUGGCCUGUGCUGCCCAUCGAAGGGUAGAGACACCUGGGUGGCACUCCAGCCCCCCGACGGCGCCUCAUCCUCAUCCCGGGGCCGCCGGCGGGCAGGUGGGGAGAGCAGCUUUUCUUCCACAGAGAACCGUCCUUACCUCAGCUCCCAGGGCCUCCGCCCCCCCAGCUCCACCAGGGUGUCUUGGUGAAGGGGGGCCGCGCCAGAAGAAAGGGGCUGUCACCCCCCCUCCCCUACCCAUGGCCACAGGGCAUCUGGCAAUAAGACUAGUAUACAUUGACCUCCCGUUCCUGCAUGAGGGCGGGGCCUUCCCCGCCCCGCCCCCCAUUGCAUGGGGGCGGGGCAUAAAGAAUCAUUUAUAUGCACUCGAGACUCCUUUCUCAUCUGGGGCUUUUCUGGAGGGUUGGGAGGCGUGGGGCGGUUUCUCUGCAGAGUCGCCGGCCCCACGUGGCAGUGGGCUGUGCGUUGGAGGUGUGGCCCACUUGCUGGUGAGUGACUUAGGGUGGCUGCCAGGUGGCGCGGCGCCGAGGCAUCUCGGGUGGGCCUGCCACCUGCAAGUUGUGUGAUUUAAAAAAAUCUCUCUGCUGUGGUUUUCCUGCCUACCUCAUAGGGUUGGAAUGAGGAUAAACAAGGGACAGGUGGAAUGCCACUGUAAAGGAAAUCAGUGAUGGCAUAAAGAGAUUUCUUAGACUA